CUAACGUGGACCCUGCGGAGCGGAGCUCAUCAGGCGUAUGCGCAUCGCCCGCAAGCAGCAAGCAACUACAAGCUCCAGCGAGCAAUGGCUGAACCUUUAUUGGAGCGCUACAAUUUUCAGCGCUCCGACGGCCGCGCCCCUUCUCCCCACGCCGCGCUCUCCGCUGUGUCCGGCCACCCGCCCCUCGCCUCCCGCACAGGCCUCCCUCUCCGCCUGCCUGGAUCCCAGUCCGGCUGCAAGCGCAUCCCGGCGACCAUCUCCCACACAAGCACCGAGGCCAUCUCCUGCACAGGGACCAGGGCCAUCUCCGCCAGCACCCCGCAGGCCUUGAGGAUCUGGCCGAGCAGAGAUGCAGUAAUCCUGACAAAGGCGUCAAAUGCAACCAUGUGAGGUCCAAGAAACAAGAAGCAAAGCACCCUGAUGACUUGCACGUAUUGUUCGAGCCAAAUUAUGUUGAAGGAUGACCCCACAAAUGAACCAUAUUUAUUUUAUUGUACUAUCUUUGUACUCACUAGUAAUGUCUUGUUGUUCCGGUUGCUAACCCAUUAUAGUCCCGUUAUAGCAAUCGGACUAAAGUCUGGGAUCUUGAGAUCUCUCGUCUUGUGCCCAGCUUCUUUGCCACCCCACCUACACUCUGCAUGUAACUCUCUACUUGAGAUGUCUUUCUUUUGAACUA